GGAUUUUUAAUGUGUUAUGUUAAUGGGUCAUUGUUACUUUCUUAAUUUUCUAAUUUCACAUGGUAUUGCUUGAUGUUGGUGCAUUUACAGUAUGUAUCUGGGUUUGUGAAUAAUCAUACUUCAGUGUUUUUUUUAGGGUGUUGUGUUGUGGGGAAGGGUGUUGGUGUUUGUAGCGCGGCGGAGUGGAGGAGUUGUGUAGUUUGAUUUGGACUUUGGUGUUAAAGUUGUGUUCCUCUUGGACCCUCCUUAAUAGUGAUUGAUGAGGCGUGCUCUAGUCGCUUGAAAUGGCAUACUGGUUGCUUUAAUUUCAUGAAAUUGAAAGGAAACAGAAGACUUAAGUUCAUGGAGCAAUUAUUUCCUACUUAGGAUCAUAAUUUUAAUCAUUAUUUCUGGUGAUAGUGUUACCAGCUAAAGUGAUGAAGUACAACCAGGAGAAGAUUGUCAGGUUUCAGGACUGGGUUCCUCAGAAAAGUGCUGAUGGGCAGUUUUACGUGCAAGAUGACAUUCGAUUUGGCAAUUUUAGAAGGGCAAUAGGCUCGAUCUCUCAUAGGUUCAAAAGAGGAUGCAGUUCCUUUCCUCAACGUUUUAAAUGGAUCAGCAAAUCUCUCAGUGGCAGUUCUUUACGUGAGUCAUGGCCUAAAAAGAAAGUGCUAGAUCCACAAGGCGCCUUUCUUCAGAAAUGGAAUAAGAUAUUUGUAUUAUCCUGUUUUAUUGCAGUAUCAAUAGAUCCUUUAUUCUUCUACAUCCCUGUGGUUAAUGGCGAUAAAAAAUGCCUGGAUUUGGACCAUAAGUUAGAGAUAACAGCCAGCGUUUUGCGGUCCUUCACUGAUAUUUUUUACUUGCUUCAUAUCAUCUUUCAAUUUCGAACUGGUUUUAUUGCUCCCUCUUCUCGGGUAUUUGGCAGAGGGGUUUUAGUUGAAGAUGCUAAGGCAAUUGCAAAAAGAUAUCUUUCUUCAUACUUCUGGAUUGACAUUCUUGCUGUACUUCCCUUACCACAGGUGGCAAUCUUAAUUAUCAUACCCAAAUUGGGAGGCUUCAGAUCAGCAAACACAAAAAACUUGCUAAAGUUUAUUGUAGUCUUUCAGUAUGUUCCAAGGAUUCUUAGAGUUUUCCCACUAUACAAAGAAGUUACUAGAACCUCUGGCAUCUUGACUGAAACAGCAUGGGCUAGUGCGGCCUUUAAUCUCUUGCUUUACAUGCUUGCAAGUCAUGUAGUUGGUGCUUUUUGGUACUUAUUUUCUAUUGAACGGGAAACUACUUGCUGGAAAAAAGCCUGUAGAAAGCUCCAACUAUCUCAUUGUGAUAUUGGUUCUUUAUAUUGUGGCGUGGGUUCUGGAAAUAACACUUAUUUGAAUGAGUACUGCUCUAUCGACCCUGAUAAACCAGGUCCCUUUGAUUUUGGAAUGUUUCUUAAUGCCCUUACAUCUGGUGUAGUGGAGACAAAGGAUUUCCCAAAGAAAUUCCUAUUCUGUUUCUGGUGGGGCCUGCAAAAUUUGAGCUCACUUGGUCAAAACCUUCAAACAAGUACCUAUAUCUGGGAGAAUUGCUUUGCCAUUUUGAUUGCCAUAGCUGGUCUGGUGCUGUUUGCAUUUCUUAUUGGAAAUAUGCAGACGUAUUUGCAAUCUAUAACAACACGACUAGAGGAAAUGAGAGUGAAAAAGCGAGAUGCAGAGCAGUGGAUGUCACACCGUCUUCUCCCUCAGGAUUUAAGGGAUAGGAUCAGGCGGUAUGAACAAUACAAGUGGCAAGAAACAAGAGGUGUGGAUGAAGAGAGGUUAAUCCAGAACCUUCCAAAGGAUUUACGGAGGGACAUUAAGCGUCACCUUUGCUUGGAUCUGGUUACUAGAGUUCCAAUGUUUGAGAAAAUGGACGAUCAGCUGCUGGAUGCAAUGUGUGACUUCCUCAAGCCAGUGCUUUAUACAGAAGAUAGUUAUGUCAUCCGGGAAGGAGACCCAGUGGAUGCAAUGGUCUUUGUUAUGCGUGGCAAACUGCUAACUAUAACUACUAAUGGCGGACGAACAGGGUUUUUUAAUUCUGAAUAUUUGAAAGCUGGUGAUUUCUGUGGUGAGGAACUACUCACCUGGGCCCUAGACCCUAGCCCAUCAUCCAACUUGCCUCUUUCAACUCGAACGGUCCAGACCCUUACAGAAGUUGAAGCUUUUGCUUUAAUGGCUGAAGACUUGAAAUUUGUGGCCUCUCAAUUCCGAAGACUUCACAGCAAGCAACUUCGACACACUUUCAGGUUUUAUUCCCAACAGUGGAGGACUUGGGCGGCUUGCUUUAUACAGGCAGCCUGGAGGCGGUACCAUAGGAAGAAAAUGGAGCAGUCACUUAAGGAAGAGGAGGAUCGUUUACAAGAUGCAUUGGCAAGGGAAGCCGGUAGCUCCUCACCAAGUUUGGGUGCUACAAUUUAUGCCUCAAGGUUUGCUGCAAAUGCACUUCGUGCUUUACGGAAAAAUGGGGCACGUAAAGCAAGGUUGCCAGAGAGAAUAUCACCCAUGCUACUUCAGAAGCCAACAGAGCCAGAUUUCUCAGUUGAAGAUCAGUAGGAAAAUGGAGUUGGAGGGAAGGGAGUCCAUACUAGUUAGUUUGCAUUGUUUGGUGGUGUAAAAUGGUGUAUUGAUGUUAGGACCAAUUCUAACACAUUGGUUGAGCUAAUCUGUGUAUAUUGUAUAUCUGUAUUUAAUCUACGUCGAUGUUUUGGUUAGCAAGCAGAGAAAGGUAUGGCUAAUGAAUCUGUAUAUAUUGUGCUAAUCUGCUUAUCAUGGAACUAACUACUGUGAUUAAUGACAUACUGACAACCAGUUGAAUUA